AUGCCACCUCCUAGAUAUCGAAACCUGCUCGAGCUGGCUCGCAGCCCUCCACGACAAUGGACGUGCAACACCUGCCAGACAUUCUCAAAGCGACCGCAAUGGAGACCAGCGAUCCAGCGGCGGGCUAUCCAGACUACCCGGCAGACCCGCCAGCACGCAGCACCGAGCAUGGAAGCAGUACGAAGAGGCUUCGACAACAAGAACAGUAACACCCUUCUCUACGCCCUCUCGCUCAUCAUCGGCACCCUGGCGGUCUCGUACGGAAGCGUGCCGCUGUACAAGACCAUCUGCCAGCAGACCGGCUGGGGAGGACAGCCCAUUAAGUCGGCCGCACACGCCUAUCCCGACUCUGAGCAGGACAUCGCAGCCAGGUUGACCCCCAUCACCACCUCACGUCGUUUGCGCAUCACCUUUGCCGGCAGCACAUCUGACAUUCUGCCGUGGAAGUUCUCGCCGCAGCAGCGCGAGGUGCGAGUCUUGCCUGGUGAGACGGCGCUGGCCUUUUACACGGCCACGAACAAGAGCGAGGACGAGGAUAUAAUCGGAGUGGCCACAUACAGCGUCACGCCAGCCCAGGUGGCGCCCUACUUCAGCAAAAUACAAUGUUUCUGCUUCGAGGAGCAACGUCUGAACAAGGGCGAGACUGUGGACAUGCCGGUUUUCUUCUACAUCGAUCCGGAGUUCUUGCAGGAUCCUAAUAUGAAGGGCAUUGAUACGAUUACUCUGAACUAUACGUUCUUCAAAGCGAAGUACGAUAAGGAUGGACACCUGUCCCCAAUACCGAUGCCAUACUAG